AUGUGGUGGAUGACUUCGCGUCUGCUGGUUGGCUGCGUCUGCGCUGCUCUGACCUGCAGUCUGGUGAGCUCAACUGAGGUUGGACCAUCUGAUUACGAGCCAGACAACCCCCGCCUUCCUACCGAUACGACACACGGCAGCAAUGCUGUCACAUACCUGACCUCCAAUUCUCGACAACAAGAAUCAAUCUUCACAGAGGCAGUCCAGCUCUUAGAAUCCAUGAACACAACUCCGUCCUGCAAUCGGGUCGCUGCAACCAGACUAGUCACCUCAUGUCAAGACCUCGGCGGCAAAGGCAACACAGAUCCAGGUACGAAUCAAGUUCUCGAUGUGAUUCGAUCUAUCUACGCCGCUCGAUUGGCGAUAUGUGAGCUGGAGGGCGCAGGCGCCGUUGUUCCUCAGUCAUGCAUUCCGGUCACGGUCCCGCUUGCCUCGCCGUCAAGUUCGGGCUUCGUAUUCUUUCGGAGAUUCAAAUCUAUGGACUGCGACGAAACGAUACUACCGAAGAAAGACUUGGAGCAGUGUCUGAGAAGUCUCGAAUCGAGGCCUCAAUGGUGGACUUCCUACAGCAACAACAGACAGAAUGCCAUAAUCAUCUGCCAGGCAUCUCGGAUCGAGGCUGAGAAGGAGGAGAUGCUGGGCCUUUAUCAAUCUCUCGCUAAAAGCACUGUGAAGCUUGACGAGAGUCUCCAGGAAGCUCUACGCCAGGCUGCAGAAACUUCGGCAGAACAUCAAGCAUUUCUUCGGGUAGUCCAAGCGCUGCAGGAAAGACUGUAUAGUGAGCUGGAAGCGAGGGGGUCACUCCUCAGUGAUCUUUUCAAGAAGUUCCUCGGUGAUAUCGAAGCAGGCUUCGACACAUUGGCCACGGCAAUCACCUCGGCAUUGAGCAAGGUGCAAACGGAGACUUCACUUCUCAACAAGAGUAUACAAAACACGACUUCGGAAGUUGAUGUCCUGCAGCGGGUCUUGCAGGCCACUCAUCAAGACACACUUGCUCGAAGUCACCAAGCACUACAGCUACAGCAGGAAAAUUCACUCGUAGCAAAGGAGCUUGCUUCGGAUCUUCACUCCUCACUACGCUCCCUAGCGGAGACAGAUGUCACUCAGCUUUCACAACAAAUGACCAACAUUGACGUUGCCUUGGAAUGGCUUAUAAGCCGGCUCAUGGUUGCCCUUGAGCAAGAGAGCAAGUUGGCCCAGCGGCUCCAAGCCAUGGAUGCGUCAAUGAAUCAGGCUCAAGUGAAAGCAAAUGAGCUCCAGAAAGCCCAACGCCUCCAGGCCGAUACCUUAGCCAUUCAACAACAAGCUCAGGAGGCCAUCAGAUUAAAUACCCAGGUAUCACAAGCUCUGCUGGACAGGGCCACCACUACAGCCGCCAACCUACAUACUAUAAUCGACGAGGCGGCAAUCAAGUUCAAGCAAACCCCGGGCUUGCACCAAGGGGGUCUUUCCAUCUGGACCGUGUGUCUGAUGCUUCUCAUUUUGAUCGGUGCGCAGAAUUUCAAAGCUGCUUUUGGCCUGACGUUUUUCAUUUUCGGUACGUUUGGAGAAUUGUUGAGGAUUGUGACGGCGGCUAAUGCUUGGAGUUUAGGGCACUUAAUUGCGACGACAGUCUAUCCUUUUUUCAAGCUAUAUGGUACUUCAGUGAUGGCUAUUUAA